AGCAACCUGGGCAUCCAGUGCGUGAAGAAGAAGGAGAUCGAGGCGGCGAUAGAGAAGAAGCUGCAGUUGGGCAUCGACCCCUUCAAAGCCGGUUCCCUCAAGAACCAUCAGGAGGUGGACAUGAACGUGGUGAGGAUCUGUUUCCAGGCCUCCUACAAGGACGGCUCCGGGCAGAUGCGGCACCUCAGCCCCGUGCUUUCGGAGCCCAUCUUCGACAAGAAGUCCACCAACACCUCGGAGCUACGGAUCUGCCGGAUGAACAAGGAGAGCGGUCCCUGCACGGGCGGCGAGGAGCUCUACCUGCUCUGCGACAAGGUCCAGAAAG